UACUCCACUCCAGUCGUGUGCGAGUCGCUCCACUGAAAGGACGAGAGCGGUGGAGCGUUCUGUCUCAUCCAUUGCACGCCUCCCCGCCUCCCUGCCUCCUCGCUUCCCUUCUAUACGCGGCGCACACGUAAACAAACUCGGAUCUCCACUCCGCUCCUCAGUACACGUGUUCACUCACUCACUCCUCUCACCCUUAAAACACACACACACACGCACACACACUAGACUCUUAAAAAUCUAUAAUGUGAGAAAAGUAAUGAAUGAAACUUGAAAAUGACAUGACGGAGAGGUGAGAAUUGGGUGGUCGUGAUGCGGCAAAUCGUGUGAGACGUGAAAUAAUGCAAGGAAGGUUAUUACGAAUUCGAUAAGCACGGAUCCUCCUCAUUUCGUGGAAUGUGAUGCAUUUAACAUGGCAAGAAAUACUCAGCCACCACCUCGGACGUACUCCAUCACUACCACCAUCACUAUCAUCACCCUUUUCAUCGUCGCCACUCUUGCCACCCUCCCCACCCCUACACAAAGCCAAGAGGUUCCCCAAGGAUGCGACCUCCACCCUCAGGAGAAACUGGUGUCGUGCAGGAGUGUGAAUACUUCCCUCCUGCAAGAUUUCUUACAACAAGUCAUCACCAUUACAACCAUUGCACCACAAGACAUAAUAAUCACUACUACCGCAACACCAGAUAACUCCACCUCCACCACAAAUAUCACCACGCCACACCCACACACCACGGCAGAGAGCGAGAGUGAGGGCGAGGCUAGCGAACUGAAAAGCUUCAGCAGUGAUAGACCAAGUUGGGAGUCCUCAGAGAUAACGGAACUAGAAUGCGUGGGAUGCGGCGUUCCUAAGCUGACCCCAACACUCUUUGGCCCACUGGCGACCUUGGAGCGCCUUACCAUCGUCGACUCAGGACUAAAGGAGAUUCUAUCUGAUGCUCUGGCCUCCCACGCCCUCACCCUAGUCCACCUUGACCUCUCCUACAACCUCCUACAGUCCGUGCCUGGAGAAGUAGUCAGACUCCCUCGUUUGCAAAUUCUUGAUCUGCGACAUAAUGCGAUUCACCAUGUGACAGAAGGGACGGUGCUCUCCUCAAUGCGAGCUCUUCGUUACCUCUACCUGGACCAUAAUCAACUGGGCCAGACGCUCAGCAGCAACCAGAGUCAAAGGUCACGCCAGUCCGUGUUUGACCUCUGGGCCGCCGACGAGGACACGCGCCCCUUACCUCGCCUCUCACACCUGGGUCUCUCUUUUAACGCCAUCAAAGAGGUACCCAGCGGAGGUUUUGCUGCCCUGCCUAGUUUGCUCCACCUGGACCUGAGUCACAACUUGUUGAUCUCCCUUCGUGAGUCUGACCUCCCGUCCUCUCUCCUAAAUCUGGACCUCGGAGGUAACCCUUGGAGCUGCACCUGUGAGGCAGCCUGGAUCCUGGAACAGUACAGCACACCCCUCCCCUCCAUCACCAUCACCUCUCCCAUCUGUUUCUCACCCCUACACCUGCACCGCCAUCACCUUGACUCCCUCUCAGCCACAGAAGUGUGCCCACCAAAGGACGACUUGAGCAACAGCCAAGAGGACCAGGUGGUGCACAUUGGUGAUGACGUGCAAGGACCACUGAAAGAUGCCUUCAUGUCUGUCCGUUUGCUGAAUGCCACGACCCUCACCACACAUGCCCUCCUUAUUUCCUGGAGGGUCGAUGCUGCCUUCUAUUCCCUUAGCACUCCUCCCCUGCAGCCACUGUCCUGGGCUGUAACAGUGCGGAAUGUGACACAGGACCCCAGUGAGGUUCAAGUCACACACCUGAGGCUAGAGAGGUACAAGAGGGAACAGCCUCAGUGGACACCUGGUGAUGGUUUGUUUGCUGAGGUGCUUGGAGGUCUCAGUGCAGACACAGCUUAUGUUAUCUGUCUCACAGUGGUACAGAGCCACCGCCUAUAUACUCGGCCAGGCCACUGCCUACAUAGCACCACUCUUUCCACCAUUUUCACCCUUUCCACACCCCGACCUCCUGGCCCUCCUGCUGGUGCUAUACCCGAGGCCCUGCAGUCAUAUUCUACACAAGAUUAUGACAUCCACACAGAGGCCUUCACAGUGUGGAGUGAGCCCCACUCAGCCUCCCUAUCCUGGAAUAUCACUGUCCUUCCCAGGGAGAGUCGAGCAAGGUCCCUAGUGCCACACGAGAGCCAGCUGCUGCGCCCACUGGGGUGGAGAGUGUCCUAUCGCCGCAGUGACCAGGAUGGAGAAGGGAAAGAUAAAGAGACAGAGGUGGUGUUGGUGAGCCGUGGAGGAGAACCCCUACAAAAUUUUACAAAUAACUACUCUAUUGAGGGUCUCCAGGCUGGCUCAAAGUAUGUCUUCUGUCUCCACACUCUGACUGAUGAAGAAUUGAUGGAAGCUCUGGCAGGGAGCAACAGCAAGAGGCCACAGCAGAAUAUGUCUCCCCUGGAGCCCUUGCCAUGGGAAGCACACUCACAUACUCUGCCUACCACUACACAAGUUGUAGAUUCUAGAAGAGGUGGUGGUCACCAGGAAUUUGAGACUAACACUGGUAAUCUGCCAACAGUUUUGCCUCCCCUCCAUCCCAAUCAAGCUUCAUCUCCUACCCACACAACUCUGCCUCCUCCUGAAAGCAAGCCAUCCUUCAAUGCUCCUGACAUGACAAGCAGCCACAGUUUUCCAGCAAACCCUCCCCCCACCUCAUUGUCCUCCACUAUCCCAUCCAUCUCUCCUGAUCUUUCCCCUGCCCCUCCUAACUUCCCUCCUGCCCUUCCAAACUUUCCUCCCUCCCCUUCUAACCUUCCUCCUCCUCCUCCUAACUUUCCUCCUGCCCCUCCUAGCCUCCCUCCAGUCUCCAAUAACCGUCCCCCUCGCCCCUCCCAUCCUCCAUCUAGUGGGGGAUUUGUGUACACCAGCUCAGGCAAGAGGAUCCCACUGCCCUCAGGCCCCUCAGGGCUAGUGCCACCCUUUGGUGUGCCACCACCCAUUCCUAUGCGUGAUCCUGGGCCACGCCGGGGAGUGCCAUCACCUCCCACCCAUUCGCGACCUUCACGUCAGAGAUUCAUCUAUGAAUUUGAGGAGACCUCACCAGUACCACCACCGUCACCAUCAUCACUCUCCUCUGGCUCACGGACUCAGAUCUACACCUACCAAACACGACGCCGGCGGGCAGUGGAGGGACACAAGAAAUUGCCCUUAAAGACAACACCUCUGUGCCGCCAGGUGGUGACACCUGUUGAACUGGAUGUAGUCCUCCCUGCCACCAUUGCUGCCACUAUCUCCUGUGCCACCACAGUGGUGGUGGUGCUGUUGGUGUGCUGCUGCUGCUGGCCACGCCGCUGCUGCCGCCGGAAAAGUGCCUGGCGGUCCCGGUCUACUCAUGACUUGCGGAAGGUGAGCACCAUCUCCGCCCCAUCCCCUGUGACAGUAUUCUCAGGACACACUUCAGUGAUGGCUGGCACGGGAACAGCUCGGAACAAUGGCGGUGCAGCGACCUCCAGGGAGGAACUGCCAGCAGACUCAGAUCGGGCAGGACGCUCCAUUUCUGUGACCUCCUCCUCAGGCUACCUCACUCCCCUCGGUGCUUCAGAUGGCCGUGAGCCACAAAGCAAGAAUCCAGAUCCAAAGGCAGCCUACCUCUCCCUCAUGCAGAGCCGCCUUCUGCAGAAACACAAGGACAUGCCAGACUUUCACCCCGGGUAUGACAUCCCACCCACAGCCUCCAACAAGACACUCGUCGGCUACGAUUACCCACACCCGACUCCUGUUGACCCCACAGAUGGCAGUGGGAGGAGAUUAAAAAACCCAAGCACGUCCUCACCGCCACAGCUGCCGUCUCCCUCCAGCAGUGACUCCAACUUUAAUGUCUCCAUUGGGAACACUCCAGAGCCCAACAGGAACCCAGCAGAGGUGAACCUAAACAUUCCCUUCCAUCAGCUCAAGAGCUCCGGCCUCACCAAGAGUGUUCAUGUCCCUCCCAGAGACAGUGACAAUUCUGAUUACAUCUACACUGGAGAAGAGACGCCCACCUCCACACCAGUCAGAACCUACCUCAAGCACCCGCCACCCUCCAAGGCCCGCCACCGCAAGUUUGGCCAGGCACAGCAAGGCAGCCAGGAGCAUGGCAGCACGCUCCAGUCUCUGAGCCGCUCCACACCUGACCUGGCCACAGCUGGUACUACACAGGCAGUAUCAGAGUUUCCUCCUGGUAAGCCAGUUUCACUCCCUCCUGAAGUCACUGCUGUGGAAAACUCAGGAUAUGUCAAUUUUCCAGCAGUUCAGAAUGAUACUCAGUUAAGCAGCCAGCAGAAACAGCCAGUGAAUAGCAACAUCAAUAACAGUAAGGAGCGAGAACCGUUCCACACCUGGGCGGGGCACACUGCCAAGGCUCGGCCUGGCGUGGGUGAGGUAGUACUUUCUGGCGGAACACUCAUUGAGGUUCCUGAAGGUUACGUAGUGCCCAAUGCACCCAAGCCAACACCCUUCAUCAGGCUGUUGGUCCGUGGCCAGGAUGAAUCCAAAGACAAUACGCUACAAACGGCAUCAUUGCCUCCAUCUAUACAUGAAAGUAAUGGAGAUGACAGAGACAGUGUGACACAUCUCACUUCCAAGAGAGAUAACAACAGACUUAUCAUCAACACAGCAGUGGCUCUCUAGCAUCACAAACAGUAGUGAAGUGUGAAGGGAAAUAUUGAAGAUACUUCCCACCACUCGUACAGUGAAGAUCAAAAUAUGUGCCAUGAGACUGAUGAUCCACUGCCAAACUGUGACAUGCAAACUUGCAGAAAUUAAACAAAUACAUUGUUGCAGUUGUUCUAAAAUCAUACUGCCAGUAGACAUUAUAAAGUUACCAGAAGCAGCUGUCUUGCAGUCUCCUCCCCUGCUGCCACACACCAACACAUGGAGGCCUCAGGCACUACACAGAGGCUUCCUACAAUCACAAUAAACACUGAAGUGCAAUACUACACUGGAUUUGUAACCUCUAUUCUUGUAUUAUAAAUAAAAUGUAUAUAAGAUGUU